AUGCCUACGAUUAAUAUCCAUCCGCGACCUCGCGAUGCACAAUCCGACGUCCCCAACCCCCUCCCCGAACUCCUCCACACGCCCACCGGCCUCGCGAUCCUCGAGCUCCAAUCCUCCUUCGCCUUCCCGCCCCGUCCCUCCGCCUCCAACAAGCGUCUCGGACGCCUCGCCUUCCCGCUCUAUGAUCCCAGCAAGCCCGUCGACGCCCAAGAUGCAUCGUGGAUGAAGAAGGUCUGGCUGUACGUGGGGAAGCAUCAGCGGGUCGCGGGGGAGGUGAAGAAGUUGGAGAAGCCGUUGGGGGUGGUUAGAAGGAGAGAGGGGAGUGGGGAGGAUGGAGAGGGGGAUGAUGCUGUGGAGGAGUUGGAGGUGAUGGAGAUCGUGAAGUGGAAGAUCGUUUUCUCGAAUCGACCCGAGCCGGUU